AUGUCAAACAGAAACAAUGAGGAGGAGAGCAGUCAGAGCUCCACAUACGUAAAUAAUCCACAUUUGAAAGACAUGGAGGAGGAUGUUCUGUAUCAUUUGAACCUGGCAACCUCCACUCAUGACCUCCAUGAAAUGUUUGGGGAUGUUAAAUUUGUAUGUGUUGGUGGGAGCCCUCAGAGAAUGAAAUCAUUCAGUGAGUACAUCGCUGGUGAACUGGGCUUGGCAGAUGCUGAAUACCCUAAUAUAUGUGGAGGGACUGAUCGCUACGCCAUGUACAAAACUGGACCUGUCCUCUCUGUCAGUCAUGGAAUUGGCAUUCCCUCCAUGUCAGUAAUGUUACAUGAACUCAAUAAGCUGCUGUACCAUGCCCGUUGCACUGACAUCACCAUGAUUCGUAUGGGGACCUCUGGCGGAAUAGGCUUGGAGCCUGGGACAGUCGUGGUCACUAAACAGGCAGUGGACAGCAGAUUUCAGCCACGUUUUAAACAGACUGUUUUGGGCAAGUCGGUGGUGUGGUCCACUGAACUGGACUCGGAGUUAGCUGAGGAGUUGCUUCAGUACAGCAAAGAGUUGCCAGAAUUCAAUACAAUCAUCGGUAACACAAUGUGCACCAUGGAUUUCUAUGAAGGUCAAGCCCGAAUGGAUGGGUCUUUCUGCUCGUUCACUGAAGAGGACAAAAAGAAGUACCUGGAUGAGGCACAUACUGCAGGGGUCCGGAACAUCGAGAUGGAGUCGUCUGUGUUUGCUGCAAUGUGCAAACGCGGAAACAUACCAGCUGCAGUUGUUUGUGUGACACUGCUGGAUCGUCUGAAAGGGGACCAGAUAACCUGCUCACCUGAUGUUCUGCACAACUACGAAAAAAGACCACAGGGCCUUGUUGGGCUCUACAUCAAAAAGCAUGAAAAAUAA